GAAGCUAGGACAUGUAGUCUAGUUUUUUGCCUGAGAAGAAGAGGAAAAUGUAUUUGGACAGCCAGCCAGCAAUCUCUUUCUGUUCUCUGGAAGAGCUUGUAUAAGAUAAGAAAUGCUUGAAUCAUGGGUUUUUUUAACCACUUAACCUAUUUUCUGGCUGCUGGUGCUUUCACUUUGGGAAUUGGUUUCUUUGCUUUGGCAUCUGCUUUGUGGUUCCUGAUUUGCAAACGAAGAGAAUUGUUUCAAAAUUCCCAAGUUACUAUAGCUGUAGCUGAUGAGAGAUGCAGGGAAAGACCAUCAGAGGUGAAGAUUAAAUCUCAUCCUCCAUGUGUUUUUAUUUCUCGAAAUUUUCAUACUGGAGCAUUUCAACUACAGGAGGAGAAAAGAAAACAGGAAGCAUCACGUAUAAAAGCAAUUAAAAAGCCCUCUAAACAUGAACUCUGCCUUGCAACACAAAAGGUCACUCGUGACCAGGACCCAUCAGAGACUAGCUCAGCAACAAAUUGCAGCAGUGCCACAUUAAGCUUAUCAACAUUGCCAUCUGAUUCUUGUUGCAGCCAAAGUAUAGAAGCAGCUGAUGACUGGUUUUCUGAUGAUUCUUUAGUGAAAAAGAACACUCCAACACCUUUUCUCACGGAACCACUAAUGGAAAAAGUAUUUUCAUACCUGUCAACCAUUUCAUUAGAUCAAUCUGCUCAAAAUGUACGGAAUAUGACACCAAAUGAUGAUCAAAAAGAUGGCAGCAUUAAGGAAACAUGUUCAUGAAGAAACACAGAGGUUAAAAUACAAAACCUUCAACCUAAUAUUGAAUGACUUUUUUCUUUUGAAAUUUUGUAUUCACUGAAAUCAGGUAAAGAUAAAACUGAAUUACUAGCUUCUGAGUCUCUUAA